GAGUAGAAAAACAUUAAAUCCAAGAACUAUACGCUUUGCCUAUGAUUAAUAUAAUUUUCAAAAUUGAAAUCAUUAUCUUUCUUCUUUUUCAAAGGACUCGCAAACAAGUUGCAGAUUAAAAAAUUCAAAAAAAAUUAAAAAUAAAAAUUGUAUUCCAGAGUAUAUUAUGGUGGAGGAAGAAGCUUCAAGGAAACCCUCCUGAAAUCACAAACGAGAAAUCGUCUGAUGUCAUUGUCGUUCUUGAUUUGGUCUAUUCUUUUGUAUCGUCCUCCCUUAUUACCAUUGUCGUUUGACAUUGGAUAGAAAGGAAUCCCCAUUCAAAGUGGCAGUUUUCUGGGCACCUUUUGUGGAUUUUUUUUUUCUUACCCGGCUAAAAGCCUAAAACUGCUGUUCUUUUUUUUUUUUUCCUCGAGAGCCGGGGUGCUUAUUUUGACUGAUUCUGCGAUCGAGGAUUCAAGGUAAAGGCUUGCUUUCAGUUCGGUGUAAAUGAAAAUAUUGUUGUUGUUGAUACGUUUUGAUAGAAUCUAAUUUGCAAAGUUGGUAGAACAGAAAGAGUUUUACUUGAGUUAGGAAUUCUGCAGCUCUUUUUCUAGUGGAUGUUGGUGGGAUUGAUUGUUGAUUUGCUUUUCAACGUGUGAUUGUUUUAUUAAUAUGGAUGCAAGAAUUUAGACUUCAAAGAGUUAAUAGGUUAAAAAUCUGGGGGAGUUGGUGAAUGUUCUUUGAAACUGCACAAGAGCAUUAAUCUGUUUAAGGCCCCCGUUUGUUUAUUAGUUUAGGUAGCAUAUGGAGCUUACUGGAGUAGAAAUGAAUGGAGAUAGAGAACUAGAGGAAGUGGAUGGGGAAUCAUCAUCUCCUAUGCGUCUUAGUGCGAACCGUUUCGAUAGUAUAAGGUAUCCUGGUGCUGUGAGGAAGAAAGCUUACAUUUUCGAUGGUGAAGGGAAUUUCUACAAUAAAGAAUGGGAUCUUUUAGAAGGUAGGGGUAAGGAGUUCUGUUGGUUUCAUGUUGAGCUUCCAAAAGGGAAUCAGAAACUCUCCCAGUCUGCGCAAUAUUUGAUUGACGUACUUUGCCCUCCUCUCAAGUUGCAGGAUAUACUCUCACUCGUUAGUAAUGGACCCUUUUGUGGUCAUGUGGAUGGGGCUCUUGUAUUUAGGGUUAACUCGCCCGGUCCUGCCUCUAGCAAAUUCACAUUUAGGAUAGCCGCAAGAGUUACUCAAAAUUCAGUUAUAACUGUGUCUUUAGGUCGUGUUCCAAGACUGGGUUUUCAGCCGACAAACGAAUCUCUCCUUUCUGAGAUUCCUGCUGUCGAAACUCCUAGUUACAGGCGAGGUGAACCAAAAGAGCGGGAUGGGAUAGUGAUCCAAGAGCAUGUUCUUGAUUUUCUUCUUACUAUGAAUCACUCCGAGGAAGCUGAUAAUCCAGUGCCUUUAUCUAUCUCUAAUCUUGUUGUUCACAUCAUUGACACACAUGUGGAUCAACUUCAAGACGUUGUGACGAACCUUGAGAUUGAGUUGGAUGCAGUGGAGCUAGAAUUGGAUAAAGGUGGUUUUGCUUUGAAGAAACAGAUGCUUGAUGAUAGAAAAUUCCCUAAAAUGCAUCUAGACCUGCAGCGUUUACUUCAGGUAAUUGCCAAUGGUGAACAAGUAUUUCCCCGUGUGAAGGAAAAGUGUGCCGCAAAAGAUUGGUUUGCUAGUGAAGACAUCAAUUCACUUGAAGAGCUUGUUGGGCGCUUGCGGAGGCUGAAGGAGAAUGUUGGUUUCAUAGCUAAUCGCGUUACCGCCAUUCAAGCAGGUCUUGAUAGCUGGCAGGCCGAGCAAAUAAAUAGAAAAUUGUAUUACCUCUCAUUCCUCUCUAUCAUAUUUCUCCCUUUAUCAAUAAUAACUGGAGUGUUUGGGAUGAAUGUUGGAGGAGUUCCAUGGACGGGGCAAAAUAAGCCAGAGCUGAAGGAUGGGUUCCGUAAUGUGAUAUUGAUCUGUUUAGCUAUGUUGCUCCUCCUUCUCUUAUGCUUCUUGUUCCCGGCAGCUUACAGUCGAAUAGUAGCUUGGCGUAGAAGGCAAAGUAUAAGAAGAAGUUGGUCUGUCAACCGGAGAUCAUUCCUCAGAAGAACCUUGCCAAUCAGCGAAAGAUCUGAAAGAGGAGGCUACCUUCGGCUAUGAGAUAAAUGAACAUUGCUAACAAGAAACACCUUUCCGGACUGGAAUUUUGGUUUGGUUUUUGAGGUUAUUCUAGUUUCUCCUCCUUGCAGAAUUGUUUGGGCUCUUUCUUAUUUGGCCAGGUUUGUGCAAGGAGCAUUUUGGGCACAGUUGAAAAUGAUUCGGUACUUAUUCAGGGAUAAGUGUUCAUACCUCAUAUUUACAGUUAGGUCUUAGAGGCCAUGUAGUUGGCUCUUGGUGGUUACCCAAACUUAUUCUUUUUAUUUUCUUUUAGGACUGCUUAUUUGUUUGAUUCAAACCAUCUCUUCAUACGAAGCUGUAAGGAGCUUGUACAGAUUGAGUUCUGUUUAAACAAUCUCAUUGGUAAUUGGGACUUUUAACUGUACACUUUAAAUGAUCACAACUUCCUUGUCAGUUCAUAUUGUCUCAUUUCAUCAAGAGUUGUUCGAAGUCGUUUGAACCCAAGUAGGGGAUAUGCGUCUUUUUUUUUUUUUUGUAAUAUCUUGCCAUUCAAAGUGGUAGAGGUAUGAAUGACUUUCAUGGCAAUCAUUGAUAACCGUAACUGAAAGUGUUGCAU